AUGGCGGCUGAGCUUAAUUCAGAAGCAGAGGAUCUGAAAUCUGACUUGCAGAAAACCUUUGACAGUGAUUCUGACAGUGGACAGGGCAGCUGUGAAACAAGCUCUCCAAAUCAAUCCAACAAGGGAACUGCAUCUCUUGGUGACAUAGAUUCAGAUGAGGAGAUCUUUGUGAGUAAAAAAUCAAAAAGCAAGAACGUGCUUCAGGACAGUGAGAGUGAGGGCGAAGAGGAAGGCAUUUUUCCUGAGAAGACUGACAUUGUGGAUGGAGAUGUGGAAAGCGGGGAGGAAAAUGAGAACAAUUUUGCCCAGAAGAACAAAAAAUCUCAUCGGAUUCGCCAAGCUCUGCGGGACAGUGAUGAGAGUGACACAGGUGAUCCAUUGCAUUCUGGAAACCUUGAAAUAGAUGUGAAGUCCGAAUUGACUAAGGAUGAGUUUGGCUCACAAGUGAGGAAACCUGUGGAGAUGUCCGUGAAAUCUCAGAAAAAAUACAAAAAACAUAAAAGUGAUUUUGAGAAAGAAACAGACAAAGUGAUAGGCAAAUCAAGAAGGAAGACGGAAAAAGAGAGAAAAAUAGAGGCUGUUAGACAGCUGAAGAAGGAAAAGAAAUACAAACAGGAGAAGGAUGGCGGUGAAAGAUACCAUUUUAAUGAUAGUGGGUGUCUUCUUGCUGACAAAGAACUCUUUGAGAAUGAUUUAGAGGAGGAAAAUGAUCCCCUUCUUGAAGAUGAAGAGUCACUAGAAUCAAUAAGAGCUGCUGUGAAAGACAAAAUGAAAAAACAUAAGAGUAAAGAUCUGUUUUCUGAGAGUGAAGACUACAAAUGUGUAUUUGAUGAUGAUAGUGAGGAACCUACAUUAAAAGGACCUAAAAGAAAGGAACGGAAGGCAGCAAGAUUAAGUAAAGAAGCCAUUAAACGACUGCAUAGUGAGACCCAGCGACUUGUUAGAGAAUCAUCUCUGUCUCUCCCGUAUCAUAUGCCUGAGACCAAAACCAUCCAUGAGUUCUUCAAGCGUAGACCUCGACCAGCAUUGCAGGGAAAUGCAAUGGCAUUGCUAAAGUCCACUAAAUAUCAGUCCUGUCUAAAUGAAGAAAGUGCAGCCACUAAGAACUCAGCUGUAAAUUGCAGUAAUAAUCAGACUGAAGAGGCUGAUCAGCCGGCAGCGAGGGAACUGGAAAUGGGGUUUAACAAGGAUACUGGUGUUAUCACUGUGGACAAACCUUCCCGUGAUGUAGUAGAGAACUUGAUAGAGAACUGUGCUGAGAAGCACAGAGAAGAUGGUGCUUCCGAUAUCUGUGAGAGACCUACAACUGCUGGUAAUUCAGAAGAACAGCAGCAGUCUAGCCUACUCCGUAACAAAUGCAGUGAACAAAUGGAGAGUGAAAUUCCCUUGGCAUCUGAAGAAUGUGCCUAUAUACAAAGAGAGGACCAGUCACAGAAAAUAUGUGUAGAACAUGAAGAAUCUGUUCAACAGGUGGUACCAGUGGUGGAGAUUCAACCUGAAAAAGUAAGGAAGUCUAAACUGGAUAAACUUCGGGAGCUGGGAGUGGAUCUAUCCAUCAAGCCAAGACUUUACUCUGAUAGUGAUUCCUUUAUUAUCCUUGAUGAACCUGAAUCAAACAAAGAACUGGAAGCUCUGAAAGCGCGUUUCUUGAAGCAUACACUUCACACAGCCCAGUUAAAAACUGAACGGACUGUGAACUUGAGCAUUAUUCGUAAAGAGACCACUGCUGAGGGAAAGGAGGAGCUAAAAGUAGCUGUGGUGCCGGUGACUUUGGCUGCAGAAAAUCUAGAUGAUACAGUCCAUGGAAAGCCAGGUGAAAAGCUACAAGUGCUGAAGGCUAAACUACAGGAGGCCAUGAAACUCCGCAGGAUUGAGGAACGCCAGAAGCGGCAAGCACUGCUUAAACUGGAUAAUGAGGACAUGUUGGAGGAGGAGGAGGAGGAAGAAGAGGAGGAAGAAAUGACAGAUGAGUCUGAGGAAGAGGAAUGUAACCCAGAGACUGUAGAGUUCCUUCUUGGUGAGGCCGAGGAAGAUGAUGAGGAGCUGGAAGAGAAGGGUAUUGAAGAUGGCGAUAAAGAAACUGACAAAGAAUCAGUUGAUGAGGAAAGGGUGGACAAGUCUGUGCAUUGUGACUCUGUUCCCAAACCUUCCUCAACAGAGUCUACAUUGAUGCUGUUCAAGGACAACUCCUCCAAAAUGGGAUAUUCUCUUCCUGAUGAAAAAGCUGAGUUGGAGGAAGCUCCAGGCAAAAGACCUACCAAGUUAGAAGACGACGAUUCGUUUUCACUGCCAACUUCCGCAAAGGAGAGCAGCCACAACAGCAGCUUUGAGUUGAUUGGCUCCAUGAUUCCAUCCUACCAGCCUUGUAACAAACAGACGGCCCGUGGGGCCAACUUUCUACCUGCAGUAGGAGGUUUCCGGUCUUCCUCUCCAGCUUUGUUCAAAGCAAGCUUCAUCAGCUCUGCUUCCAAGAGUUCAGGAAAGAUGUCUGAGCCCUCUCUUCCCAUAGAGGAUUCCCAGGAUCUGUACAAUGCCUCUCCUGAGCCCAAGAGUUUAUUUCCGGGAGCUGGAGAGUCUCAGUUUCAGUUUUCUCUGGAAGAUGAUACUCAGAGCCAACUUCUUGAUGCAGAUGGGUUCUUGAAUGUUGGGCACCACAGGAAUAAGUACCAGUCCUCAAAGCAUCAGCUGUCUCUGGCUAGUAUGGAUGAGAAUGCAAUGGAUGCCAACAUGGACGAGUUGUUGGACUUGUGUUCUGGGCAGUUCAGCAGUCAGGCUGAGCACACUCCAAAUGCCAAUACUGGCAAAAAACAAAACAUGGAAGAACUGCUCAAUCUGUGUUCAGGGAAAUUCAUCUCUCAGACAACAUCUCCAAUCUGGGCAUCUUCAGCAUCCUCUAAGCCAGAAAAAGAGAGCGACACAGAUGAUCCAAUGGCAGAAGCACUAGCACUUUGUUCAGGCUCCUUCCCAACUGACAGGGAAGGGGAAGAUGAUGAGGAGCAGGAGGAAGAAUUUGGCAAUUUUCAGCUCGUAACAGAUGAUCAUGCCUUUGAUAGCGAGGAGGAUGAAAAAAGUGAAGGCGCUGAGAGAAGCGAAGAUGAAGCAGAAGUUAGUGAUGAUGAAGAGGAGCUGUUGAGACAAAGACAGGGCUUAAAGAAAAAAUUAAAACUGCAGGAUUUCUUGGAAGAUGAGGCAGAGCUGUCGGGGAGUGAAGUAGGAAGUGAGGAUGAAUAUGAUGGUGAAGAGCUGGAUGAAUAUGAAGAAGAGAUUCUUGAUGAAGAACUCCCUACCGAAGUGGAACUACAGGAUCAAAUUAACAAAAUACACAUGAAGGCGAUGCUUGAUGAUGAUAAGCGUCAGUUACGCUUGUACCAAGAAAGAUAUCUUGCUGAUGGAGACCUGCACAGUGAUGGUCCUGGGCGAAUGAGAAAAUUCAAAUGGAAAAACAUAGAUGAUGCUUCCCAGAUGGACUUGUUUCACAGAGACUCUGAUAAUGAUGAUGAGAAUGAAGAACAGCUUGAUGAGACAGAGACAAAAUGGAGAAAGGAGCGAUUUGAACGAGAGCAGUGGCUCCGUGAGCAGAUAGAGAAAGGAAAAAAUGAAGGGGAGGAGGAGGAGGAAGAAGAAAUUGGUGAAAAUAGUCUGUUCAUGAAACUAGCAAAGAAGGUGACUGUUAAGUCCUUGCAGAAGAAAGCAAACCCUGUAGCAGCUGUACAGGAAACAAAAUCACUACCAAGAAAUCCCUUUGAAACAUUCAGACCUACCAGCGAUCUUCAGCUAAAGAAUGGAUCACUUCUGAACAGACCUAAAGCUGUCCUUCAGAAGCUUGCAGCCAUGUCAGACCUUAAUCCAAAUGCUCCCCGAAACUCACGAAACUUCGUCUUCCACACGCUUUCCCCAGUCAAGAGUGAAGAGGCAAAGGAGAAAUCAAAACCCCAGGCGAAGAAAAGAGGUCCUACAGUGAUGGUAACACCUUCACCCAAACGGCCCAGGACUGAUGAUGCUGCAACACAAGGGAACCAGAGCCGAAGCAUAUUCCGAUACUUGGAGAGCUGA